GUGCGGUUGCCUGCGUGUGUGUGUUUGUCACCGGGGUCUGGAUACUGAAAUGGUGCUCCAGCGAAUGAGGGAAUAUUUGGUGCCGUCAUGUGACUGUGAUGUCAAAGAGAGAGGGAGAGAGACGGAGAAAGGUGCAAUUUAGCCCCACAGCUGAUCCGUGCAGCGCUCAGAGAAAGGCUUACACCACCAGACACUCGCGCACACUCUCACUCACAUGCACUUCUUUCUCCUCGCAUGUAAGCACACAUGCAAUUUCCACCACUGUACUUUCACAGUCUUCAAGCCAUCACUUUAAAAAAGAAAAAAAAGGAAAGGAACCACUCCUUUUUCUACUUUUCAAGCUCAAAAUACUUUGGAUAUUAAGGUCAUUUCUGCAUCUGGACAGACGUGAAAGGACUGGACCCAGAGCUGAGGGAAAACGGCAGAACAGUAGUUAACAGAAGAGCAUCUCAAGAGACCAAGCAAGAUCAGUCAACAACUCUGCGAGAAUGUCCUUUCUUUCAGGCUCAGCGUGGCAGCAGCCUGGCAUCAUCAGUGGGAGCGGUGGGUACGGACAACCUUCUAGUGGGCACCAGCAGCAGCAGCACAAACCUCCCAGCGCUCUCUCCGGGGCCAGCAUCCCCCCGGUCCUGUCCACCUCGUCUUCAAAGUUAACCUCCAGUCCAGCAUCUGCCCAGAACAGUGACUGGCACUGCCAAGGCCAGAUGGUAACGGUGGGGGCGGCUGCUGCUGCUUCUCUGCCAGGGUCAAGAAUAACUUUGAUGGAAGAUGAAGCAAAAUUAGGACGAGCUAGGACAGAGGGGACAUCUGGGAUGAUGGCUGGAGAGCCAGCAGGCCAGACCUUCGGAAUGUCAGCGCUAAAGAUGGAGGAUGAGAGGUCUCGAGGACUGAAGCCAAAAGAGGAUGGGCACAGAGUGGCAGGGGCAUUAGGCAGUGCAGGACAGAGCCCCAGCAGCCCCAUUUCAUCCCACUCUUCCCCGUCUUCUGCCUUACCUUCACCUUUUUACUCACCCGGGAAGCUAUUUACAAAUUCAUCGCUUGACCUUAAGCCGGCGGGCUGCCCCAGCUUUGGGCAAAGUAAUCUGGAGCAGAAAAAAGCAGACAACGGAUCUGACACUCCGGAAAGCGCUUUACAAGGCCAAGGCUUUCUCAAACCAGUGUUGGGGCACGGGGAAGCUUCUAGAAAUGCCACUUCAGCUACAAGAAACAAAGAACACGAGGAGAAGAUAACAUCGAGAAACUUGGCAGGAAACCUCACAGAAACUUUGACAAACCAAAUUUUGAAGCCAUCUUUUGGGAAGCAAGGUGUGGAGGCAACUCCUGCCGCAGCAUCUGAGCCUACCAGCAGUACAGGGUCAUUGGCAGGCCCAUGUUUUUCCUCUGCUGGCAGAGCUCCGGUGACUUCUUUUGUUGAUGGAGUUGAGGGGAGCAGAAACUUAAGCCAUAAAGAAAAGGGAGGAGCAGGAUUGUGCACUGUACCGAGCAAUGCCACAAAAGAGACUGGAUUUCCAAGUUCCAACUCGUCACAGGACUUUAAUCCCUCUCCGGAUUGGAGAGUGGGAUCCACUGUUAUGCUGAACAGAGACAUUAAAACAGUCGGCAGUGGUGAACUGCCUCAGAGGACUGCAGUAAGACGAGCCAUGUCUGACUGCUCACAUCUGUCUGUACCCAUGGUACUGACCGAAACGUACCCCAUCAGCAUGGGAGUCUCACAAGACCUGGCGCCCAACGCGCCCGCUUUUGCUCCGAUGGGAUCAGCCUGCCCACCCAGGGCGCCGUACCCACACAUCGCCGUUCGACGUUCACUCACGGUCACAGACGGCACAGAAGCUGCGGCUGCAAUGUCAACAAUGCUGUCGUCCCCAUUAAUGACGCCACAGGUAUUGCCGUCAUCGCCACCCCCUAAGAGGCAUCAUGGGAGCUGCGACACCAAUGUUUUGCUUCCUGUUCCAGCACCAGUUGGAUCAGCUAAUUGCAUCCAGGAUAACACAAUAAAGCCAACGGUGAAAUCUGACAACAAGGACAAGCAGGAGAAGAUGGACGUCUCCAACAAAACAGCCAAGAUUGACAACUUUGACAAGAAAGAGGAGCAGCAGAAGAAAGACACCAGCAACGACAAGAACCAGAAGUCGGACCAGAUCCUGAAAAGCGAGGACAAGCUGGAGAAGAAUGACAAGGUCAGCGAAAAGGCGGAGAAGGUGGACAAGCCAGAGAAGACCAACAAGGACGAAAAGAAGGAGGACGAGAAAAAACCUGCAGAAAAGAAGGAUGAGAAAGCAGGGAAGGUCCCGGCUAAGUCUCCCACAGGAAACGGCGGCAAGACUCCGCAGAGCCUCGACAUCAAGAACAAGCCUGAUGCGGGUUCUGCCAAACGCCCCUCCCCCACAACAACCAAUAAAAAAAGCCCUGGCGCCAAACCAACCACACCCACGGCAGCAAAGCAGCCGCCAGGUUCCAACAAGGCUGCCAAGACUCCAGAAAAUGGUGCACCAGAAAAGCGUCCAUCUGUGCCAAAGACCACGCCCACAACUCGAACUGCGGCCAAUAAGAAUGGCUCAACUGCAACAAGCAAAAAUGCAGCAAACAAGAAUGAUAAGACUGAGAGUAGGACAGGCGAGGCCAAGAAACCCAAGACUACAGCCCGCCCUCGUCCAGCCUCCACCGCUGCUCCUGCUACCCCAGCCGCCUCUACUAACGGCGAGGCUAAUGCCACUCAUCGUCGCCGAGUCAUCACCAAACCCCCCGUGCCCAAGCAGACCCCUCUGGAGAAGAAGCCAGCGGCGCCCCAUCCUCCCCGAACCCCCCGACCCAUCAACGCGCCAACACCGGAUUUGAAAAAUGUGCGCUCCAAGAUAGGAUCUAUUGACAACAUCAAGUACCAGCCUGGUGGAGGAAAGGUCUCCUCCACCCCGAACAACAAGACAUCAGACUCCUCCACCCCUGCCGCCAAGGCCAGAGUUCAGAUAGUGCACAAAAAGCUGGACUUCAGCCACGUCACCUCUCGCUGUGGCUCCAAGGACAAUAUCAAACAUGUCCCUGGAGGUGGCAAUGUGCAGAUCUUAAAUAAGAAGGUUGAUGUGAGCAAAGUGACCUCCAAAUGUGGCUCCAAGGACAACAUCAAACACAAGCCAGGUGGUGGAGAUGUGAAAAUCGAGUCCCACAAGCAGAACAUUAAGGCAAAGUCUAAGAUUGGAUCCCUGGACAACGUGGAGCCGGGCAACGGACAGACAAAUGGACACAAGGAGAAAACAGAGGAGAAGACUUCUCCACCCGCAAGUGGCGCUCCAGCUACUGGACCAGCAGGCGUUACCAAGGCAACACCACCAGGAGGUGUUGCUAAGGAGAAUGGCACGAAGGAGCCAACACCCUCUCCUUUUGGGGGAGAAGGGCUGAGGGAGACCCAUAGCUUAGACAAACGUAUCACUGAGACAAAAUGAGUACCAGUGACCUACAAAUUUUGGUGGGACAUGCAUGGCGCUCACUGACCUUCCAAUCAACUGACCAACCAAGCAACCACGGAGCAGUCACUUUCCUCUGGCCCCGCCCUUCAUCCCGCCCACCGCUGCACCAAACUGAUCAACCGCCUUUCAGUGUGUCUCUGAGGUCCACCUACCGGCUUCCUGCUACCAACCCUGAUGUCUGACCUCGUGAUACCCUUAGGUUGACUUCUGACCCUACUAACUACAGAGAAGACUACUUGGUGUUUGUCUGUGUGUCCCUGUGUGGGGUUGCACCAGCUUCCUAUCUGAUAGAGCAUCCCUUUCAGCUCAAACUCCCCAAAACACCGUUGGAGGUUUAUACCUUUGUUCAUUCAUCAUUCAAUCUAAACAUCAACAACAAAUCAAUUACAUCUAACUAUCAUGAGGCCUCAAAGUAGCUUUGGCCUUCCAAAAAAAUCCCUUUAUCUCUGUAUGUCCAGUUCAUGAGACCUCAGCAGGACAGUCGACGUCAUCACUCUUGUUAUUCUGCAUUCAACUUUAGUGCAUACCUUCAGUUUAUAUAUUCUAAACACUUUUAUUCCUGGAGUUUUGACACGAUAAAAGGACUAAGAUAUGAAGAAGGCAGAAAAAACAGGCUGACUUGUGAGUAAAGAUCAAAAAAUUGAAAAGUCUUGAAAUUUAACAAUAUUUUGUUAAACAUUUGGUGCAAGAUAUAGUCAUCAAUUUUAAAAGCGGAAGAAAAUGGAAGUUCUUGCUCUGCAAAUGCAAAAAAAAGUUGCAACAAACAUUAAAAAUGAAGUGAUCUGUAGCACUGUUUAAUCCUCCAUAAAUGCUAAUCCCUAGAAUUAAGCCGCCCACCGCUGCGCCUUUCUGUCAUCCGACAUGAAGUAAGUCAUAAAGUGCGUAUGAGACACAUUGUGUCAACCAAAAGUCAACAAGAUGAUGCUAAAAGGCUUAGUUUUGCCCAGCACCUGACAUGGAGAAAUUGUUAAAAGUAUCUGAAGAAACAUUCAGAUAUACUGGUUAACCUAAACAGGCUGGGUGACUGAUUACAGCCGUUCAGUAUUAGUUCUGUGGAUGGUUUGGGCCAUUUAUCCAGCUGCUUUGACAGCAUAAUUUAUGGAGAGCUGCUGUGACAAUGAAAGAACCUGCUGUAGCAUAUUAGCUGUGCUCCGCCACAGUUUACUCCUAUGUUGUAGUAAGAACGGUUAAAUAAUUACAGGAAUGAGGGAACUAUGUGUUAAAUAUGUCAAUAAGUUAUUAGUUAAUGUGUCUAUAUAGUCAUGAGUACACAGUAUCGAGGCAGAAUUUAAACGGCACAGUAGCGCUAGCAUUAGCAUGCUUUCUUGAGCGUUCUGAGUUUGAAUAUUUAUUCAAAUAAGUUAUUAACAAAUUGGAGUAUUUCUCUUUCUGAGCUUCUCUUGCUUUUACACAAUAUAGUCAGUAUUUAACCAUCUUUUCCUGCAGAGAGAGUACAACCACAUUGGCGUUAAUCCAGUUCACAUGGUUUCAGCACAAACCGCUAAGGAUGUUUUUAGCUCUGCAGGCGUUAACGGUUUAAUAUAAAGAAAGUCUAUGGAAAUCUCAUUCAAAAUAUUUCUGAGCACCAACCUUCAAUAUGUAAAUAAAGCUUUCAUACUUAAUAUAUUUGAUACUUUUGGUUAACAUAACCAGAAAUAAGCGUCACUUGCUUUAGCUAACUUUGCACAUGCAGCUCUCCCAUGAGGAAAACAUACACAAUAUGCAGGGAAAUACACCCAACUUCUAAUGUGAAAUUUAUGAUCUACACAAAUCAGAGUCUGACAAAACAAAAGUGUACGCUGAUGCUAAACACAUUUUCUGCGCUUGACUUAAUCUAAACACUUGUAGAUUACUGAGCAACACUGACAAACAGCAGUAAGGCGUGUCGGUGUGCUCCUAUCACUGUUGAACAUUUUAUCCAACCCAUUCCUCCUCUUUCCAUGAUUCUCCUCUUCGCUUUUUGACAGCAAUACUCUUAUUUUGCUACAUGAAGCACAUACAGACAGAGAUGGACAGACAAACAACUAAAACCCCCAAAAGUUUGGUGACAGGACUGAGUUCACCAGCAGGGAAAGAGAAUAAUGUUACAUUCAUGGCAAAUCAGAAAUAAAAACAAAAACUAUUUGUAUCUUUGUGGAUAUUCCAUUUUUUAAUUAUACUCAACUUAUACUAGCUAUGUAAUGGUAGCAGAUGGUCAAGCUUCUAGAUAUCUGCCUCUCUGUCUGGCACACAUAUUACUCAGUAGUGUAAAUAGAUGAAAGUAAAUAGCUUUCUAAAUGCAGUCCAUGUGGGGUUUUUUUCUUAUGUUUUUUUGUGUACUUUUCGUUGGUUUUAUAUAGGAUAUCACUUAAUAUUUAAAAAAAUUUAAAGGAAUAAAGCUUGAAAUUUUUGAAUGUUUGAAAUAAAAAAAAAGAAUCAUAGGAAAGUGGACAGCGGGAACUGUCCAGCUGAAAAAUGCCAUGAAUGGAGCAGUAUUAAGUGAAAACGGAUUCAAAAUUGGUCAGCAAAUACUGCUGUUUGGGCCAUCCAGUAGCAUUUUAAGUCGAGGUGAGCAACCCUUAUUUUGUGAUUGACAGAUCCACAGUAAAAGUUAUUUUUCUGAAUUCUAAUUAAAAAAAAGAAAAAUUAUCCCCACCUCUCUAUUGUAAGACAUAAUCUAAAUUCAGUUACUUUUUGGAUUCCUACCCAUCACUGUGAUGUAGCUUUAACUUUGACCAAAACAAUAGAAUCAGUGUAUCACAGCAGUGACGAAAGCAGAAAAAACUCCCUCUCUGCUCACUUUGCGAUGAAAAGCUGGCAUUGUGUUUGCUAAAACAGAAAAAAAAAUACAGCAAAGGUUUUGUGACGUGUCUGUGGCGUUCUGCCGUAGUUGUCAGAUGUGUGAAGUGUUACUACUGCAUCCAUCCUGUAGAGAGCGCUGCUUAGCCUCUGCAACACUGAUAUUCUGGCUGUGUAACUGGGAAACCCUUACAUCAGCGUUAGAGACGCCCCAGUAGAUCUCCAUGCUGUCCUUAUCUAAACUAGCACUAUACUAUUGUGUCUGGAACACUAUACUACUAAAUGGAUCAUGUACAGCUCCCCUAAAAAGUCAAGCGUAUCGUGCACUUUGAACACAGUCUUGUUCCUUUCUUGAUGCACUUAAGUAAUCUACUUGUACUCAAGAUGCUUUACUGUGUAUUGGUAAAAACUCGUCAGCUGUGUACUGUGCGUGCGUGCUUCUUGGAACAAAACAUUGGUAGUUAGUUCAGUUUAUGAUAAUCAGUGAGCAAGUGGUCAAACAGGCAACUAUUAGGACAACUCAAAGCACCAUAUGGUUAUUGUAAGGUCCCCUCAGAGACAUUCCCAUGAUGUCACACAACUCAUGCAUGUGAAAACAAUAAUGUGAAGCUUUCCUAAAGGAGCAAAAUGACAAGAAAAUGAAUGCACUUUGACAGCAUAUCAUGAUGGAUUGUGUGUACAAGAAAAGGGGCGAGUCUUUGUUUGUAUGUGGCGAGCUCAAGUGAAAGGACACAAUGCGAUUUGUCAACUCAUGAGUUUCAUCCCUUUAGCUUAGUAUUGUCAUCAGUGUUGUGAUGCUAACUUCAAUAGAUUAACACUCAAUUUAAGAGCCUCAUGUAACACUCAUCCGCUGGUAUUUAUACCCUGUUGCCCAAGCUGCAAAGUUGAAUUUACAGAUCUUUAUAUUUGGUCCGUGUACUUUUUAAUGCUUGUCAACCAAUUUAAAAAGAAAUUUUACACCUUAGAACUAAAAAAUUUACAUUUUAGGGUGAAAAAUUUUGGACGGAUGUUUAAAGGGUAACCAAGCACUAAAUCAACUCUAUAAAUUGGGCUUUAAAAGUGCUGUAUGUUAGACAAUUUAAAAUAAACUUGAAAUUAUAAUCUAAAACCGUAUGUGUGCUGCCCCCCUACAGGUUGAAACAAGGUAUUACAGUUGCAUUUUGUGAUUGGUAAACUGGUGAAAGUCUCAUGUCAUUUCAGAAGUUUCACGUCAUCAUGCGCUGUAGCUCCUGUAUAAAAGCCCCGCCCAUUUUGAUUCUGUAACGGUCGGUCAUCAUCAUGUUAGCUUUAGCAUAGCUCAUAGCUGUAUUGCCUUCGCUUGUCAAAAUCUAGUGGCCUGCAUAACUUUCCAGUGGACUAGGAAGUUAGGCAACAGUGGUUGAGUAGUGGAGUUGAAUUCAGCAAAGUCCAUCCUGGUGAUGGGAUAUGCAACAAACAUUUCACACUGGAUUGUUUGCUUAAUACAUUAGCCUUUAUUAGGUUAUGAUUCUAGCGUCAUUUUACCACUGAGAUGCGUGUCCCCUACGGUCUGGACCAUGAGCACCUGCCUCAGGAGAUUGUGGAGAAGAAAAAUCCUCAACCUCCAGAGAAAGUUCUGAGGAGAGACUGGCAUCACAUUGAUCUGUACCUCUCUCCAUAUUGAAGAUGCAGCGUGACUGUAUGUUAGAUCAAGCUAACCUCAAUCACAGAUCCAAACCACACCUCCCCCACUAUGUAUAAACAAUUAAUUGCAAUUAAAAAUUAUGCUAUGGCAGACUUUCUGCUAUAAAUAACCCCAAAUUGGGCUGCAUGGUGGUUCUUGUCUCUUAUCGAAAAGGCCCUGGUUCAUAUACCGUCUUGUGGAGUUUGCAUGUUCUCCUCGUGGUUUUCUUCUUCCCUCUGUCCAAAAGCAUGUUUUGUUGGUUGAUUGGUGACUCUAGGUGUGAUUGUGGCCCUGCAACAUCCUGGCAACCCCACUUUUGCCCAACACUUGCUGGGACAGACUCCGGAACCCUGUGACCCUGAAAGGGACACAGCCGGUUUAAGAAAAUGGAUGGAUGAAUCCAGACUCCUAUAGAUUGGGGAUGAGGGUGUAUUUUUGAAAAUGUCCCUUCCUUAAUAAGGCAAGGUAAAUGAAAACAGCAUUUAUAUCAUCAGCAUCUAUAUCCAUUGUAUGGAUGGAAGAGUUACUUUGAGCCAGUCUUUAGAUUAUUGUUUGCUUAAUCAAUAAUAAAAAUAUACUCCUUUAUCUUACCUUCAUUUUGACUCUAAAAUUCUCCAAAGCCGUAACUUCUUAAAAGUUUUAGUCCCCCAUUCUCUCUUGCUAAACAAGAUAAAAAUAAAUAAUCUCAAAUGUAUAUGAGAAAAAUGAACAUUGCUUUGCAGCUUGGACAGGGUAUGACCAGAUUCACUCUAUGUUUGCAACUGUUUGAUACCCCAGAUUGCUGCGCUUUACCUUUAUCUCACACUGUCCCUUUGUAAAUAGACACCGUCAAGUUUUUACCACUUCAUAAGUAUCUCAGAUUGAUUAUUAUCAUACACACAAAAAUAAAAAAAAAAAUGUAUGUCUUAACGAGAUGUUGUGGAGUUGAGCGUUCACUUUCAUUAACCUGUUGCCAUUUAAGUAAAUAUCUGUAUCAUCAGAGUGAAAAGCUGAAGACUCAGAAUCUGCCUUUUUUCACCCAAGAAAAGGGCUGCUGAAGUUUCAAGAAUGUUUUUACAAUGUACUUUAGUCGCAAGAUUAUGACUACAUGUGUGAGGUCUGUCUGUGUUCUGUUUCGGGAGUUCCAUGACGCGUGGAAAACACUAUUGACCGGACUCAAUCCGCAUCGUAGGAAGGAGAUACCGGGUGUUGAGCAAGGCAUGAUCCACUAAGCUGCAGUGAUUUUAACCUGUGCUCAUUAAAAUAAAUGGUUGCAAUAUGAUUGAAAUGUACUGGCACAUGCUGGCCACCCCUCUCUUCUGCCUACACUCCCCACUCUGACGAACAAUAACCAGACUUAGUAUUUUUGGCAUGUGGUAUUAAGUCCUGUCCUGUAUUAGACAGCUUAUACUGACACCUUGACAUACCUACCACCACUGGACUGAUUAAGGCGAGCCUCGGACCAAAUGACUUUUUUUCUGUGUUCAUAGUAGACACCAAAAAUAAAGAGUUCAAUCUCGUGAAAUUAAAAAUGUUAAAACAUAUAGAGUCUGAACAAAAGGGAGUGUUGGUAGAUAUGUAGCGGUGUCCCUACCAUGCAGAGGCUUGUUGGCACUGCAGCACUGAAAAAGCAGCAGAACUUCCUUGUGUUCUUUAUUUGACACGUUCACCACAACAGCUGGCUGGUUUCCCAGGAAAACCAGUGACCUCUAAAUGUCAAGGAGAGGAAUGAUCCAACAGUGGCAUAACAAAAAAACAGAACAUGUAAUCCUCUGCUUGCCCUGACGUAACGACCUCCUCAAUGAUCCUUCUUUUCAGUGCUGUGGGUGGACCCUCUGUAGUGUAUGCUGCAUUAUUGUGUAGGACACAACACCAUAAGAAGAGCAUGCCGAGGCAGCAAACAAAAUGCUGGUUGUUAGAAGCAUCUGUCCUUUUAGAUAGAGCUCAUCUCCCCCUUUGAUUCUGAAUAUUUGGUAUGAAAGAGAUGUUCAUUGUGAUUAAUUGUUAACUAGUGAUGUGACUAUUAAUCAUAAAAUAAAAAAAAAGAUGAGCAAAAUUCA